AUGACACCAACGGCGAACCGUGAAGAGCACGUAGCUCCGGCCGUCGAGAUGGGUCGACGGGUCCCGGCUCGGGUCGGCUCAGAUAAGGCACUAGUCCGCCCUUUCAAGGGUGCGUGGAUGCGUGCAGGUACCGAAAGGUUUAUCCGUCUGACAGCCCGGAAGGUGCACCCGUCAUCCCCAAGACCCCGUAUUGCUAUUCGUUACAGCCGCACUCUGCAGGGAUGCGGGGGACUGAUCAAGUAUAACGAGUCCGGUGCUUACUGCAUUGGCAUCACAUCCAGUGACUCAAGAGAUUUUUUGGCGAUAGCUUUUCAUGCGUUGGCAAGGCUGGCUGAAUUCUCUUGGAGUCAGAAGCGGGUGGCUAACAUCCGCCGCCAUCAGUGCCCUUCAACCUAUACGUCUAUGCCCCAACCCAGGGAGCACCCACCCAUAUUCUUUGCCGUCGCUUUUGGCCUCUCGGCUAUAUUCCACAUCUACCAAGGCUAUCGGCCUCUCGUCAUUUUUAUCAUGAGUCAAGUUUUUACUUUCGCACGUCUCCUCUCUUGGAGCUUGCAAACUACCAUAUACUGGGCCGUAUUUUCUUUCUACUUCGUCCCGCAUCAUGCCCCACUGAAGCAUAGCCAUGUUCUUGCCACUUUUGGUGGUUUGAUGGUUGUGGUCGAGGCAAACCUCAACGCCCUCGGAGUAGCCCUGGCAGCUAAUUCAAGCUCUGGCCCUGACCAGCAAGCACUCGGAAAGAUCUUCUUCAUCACCGCCGUCUCCCUGCAGGUCAUUUUGAUCAUAGUCUUUGUCGCCUUGUCCGCAAUUUUGCAUCGUCGCUGCAUCCGCGCCGAGGUGCCUUCACGCGCAAUCAACACUCUCCUCCCCGUCAUGUACACGAGCAUGGACUUGAUCUUUGCUCGCUGUAUAUACCGACUCGUGGAGCACACCGGCAACACCAAGGUUGAUCUCGACAACCCCGAAACCCUCUGGUCGCUGAGUCCCAUCCUGCGCUAUGAGGUUUACUUCUACGUCUUGGAGGCCAGCCUCAUGUUGAUCAACUCGUGGGUGUGGAACCUGUGGCACCCAGGACGCUUUCUUCCCGACGUUGUGGGGAUUAGGUUCGAUCCCGACAUCACAUCCAUGCAAUCAAGGUGCUCGAUCGUCCGUUAAAGACCGACUUGACUCGUUUUUUGCGCGCUUAUCUCUUUUGUUUAAUUUUAAGAUUCUCGGGUUCUUUGCAGGAUCGACAGGCCACAAACAAAGUUGUGAUGAUUCUAGCUACGAAUCAUGCACUGUAGCCUGUGUUAGGCAACGCAUUGCCACGUCUGAAGCCGAAUGCGGAAGCAGCCGACGUCGCGGCGCUAACCGUUAACGGUCUACUCCGCGACACAUCACACGAUCGAUAUCUACGGCAACCAGGCAGGCGCAAAUUACUGGGAGCAGAUCGUGCUCCAGUCGGCGGCGACCUCGACAUUCUGAUCAUCUAGAUUGUCGCCGAUCAGAGUCAGCUUUGUUUCCCAAAGCCCACGAUGACCACAAGGGCCUUGCGGCCUCCCUUGUACAACUCUUGGGCACCACCACAGCCUCGCAGUACACACGAGGGCUAAAAUCGCCCUGCGAACUUUGACCUUUGGUAAAAUUAGUUGGAGGUACAUUGGGUUGUAUAGGUUUUCCUACUAAAAUUAUGUACUUUUACACAACAGAGCGCACGUAGAAUCACACAUCGUUGACCCUCG